AUGGCACCCGGUCGCUCAGGUGGACGGCCGAGCUCUUCUCGACCUGUCCGAUCCACGCGCACCAGGGUCAAGACAUACCAUGAAGACAGCACCUCUGCUGAGGACUCAAAUCAGGAAGGAGACGGAUAUGAUAUACCUUCGAGACGUUCUUCCGUCUCUCUCCGUCCACGCACUUCAUCCGGGAUACGUCGAUCUUAUCGCGAGGAGUCGUCAGAUACAGUCUCCGAGGGUUCGCUCGUCGAUAGCGACACGAGUUCGCCGGACUUGAACCCUGCGAUCCCCCCAUCCGAAAACACUCUUGCUUCUUCUCACCCCGACCCAGGCCCCGGCCCCUCAUCUUCCCACGAUACUCGCCACAGCGGCCCGCACGAUCGCAAUCGACCGUCCCGACGUUCGCAACCCCAACGCACCAAGACAGCGCACAAGAAAACCCCGAGACGAGCCAUAGGCCAACCUUUGAAGAAGCGUGUUCGGAUCGAUGCAAGUGAAGAGAUAUUCCUGACCUCGGGGGUCAUUCCGCCGUGGGCAACACUUCCGUAUCACAUACUUUUCGACAUCUUCCUGCGAGCGUCCUAUCCACUUGUCGACGAGCAGCUGAUGCAGCGGACCAAGUCAUCCAAGUGGCUUCUUGACAUGGCUCUUUUGUGCCGACAAUUCCUAGAGCCCGCGCUGGCAGCCCUUUAUUACUCUCCGCCGCUAGUUCCAGCCCCUAGGAGCUUCGAACUUCUAAAUCUACUAUCAAAGCCGCAGGAGUCGCUAUCGAUCAACUAUGCUGCCAAGGUCAAAGAGCUUCACGUGGAUGCAGAAUCGGUGCUACUCUACAAGAAUGGACCACAGCUUGGCUGGUUUGACCUUUGCGAGCUCAUUGCGAGAGUACCGCGAGUGCACACCAUGCGUCUGUUUCACAAAGAUGACUUCAUCAUCGGCAUCCCUGUUCACCUUAUCAAGCCCUCGAAGUGGGUCUAUCCUGAACGUCUACUUUCAGCCAUUGAUGAAGCGGGCAUUGUUCUUCGCCGAUGGGACUGGAAUGGUCGUUUCAUGGAAGACGCUGAUGACAUCCUUGCUUUUAUGCUCGAGAAGCAUCAACGAGCAGCGUUCCAGCGGUUGAGACAUCUCCGUUUGGUCCAUGUGGAUGACCGUACCCGUGAACACCCUCCUUCACUGGAGACUUGCCUUGUCGCAGUGAUAGAGCAACUCCCUCGGCUGGAGCAUUUGGAGUUCAUCGAAUGCUCCCUUGUGGGCAAGCACAGUUUACCGCAUAUGCCAUCAACGCUUCGCUCUCUUACUCUGACCAACUGCAACCGCAUUUUCUCUCCCGGUAUAGGGGCGUAUCUGAAGUCUCGUGGACAACAGCUUCGGCAGUUGAGCCUCAGUCAUAAUCGUCAUCUCAAUAUGUCGUUCAUCACCCAUCUUGGCGAGCAUUGCCCCAACCUGGAGCGAUUCAAGAUGGACGUUUCUCUGCAUGACUGGUCCAGCUUCCAUGACAAUGAACUCCAUUUUAAGGAACUCCUGUCUGACUCGGAAGUUCCAAUGUGGCCGGAAACACUUCAGGAUAUUGAGCUUAUCCAACUCACAAAGCUCAGCGAGACCGCAAUGGAGUCGCUCUUCAUGUCCUUGGUUGAAGCUGCGCCUAGGCUGCGGGACUUGCGAUGUCUGACCAUCUCAGCAAUUCUCAAGAUUGGCUGGCGCGAUCGCGCUACGUUCCGUGAAAGAUGGAUCCAUCGGCUGGAGACAACAUUCUUGCGUCGUAGCGCACCGCCUGACCCAAAUCUUCGUUCUCUGCGAAAGCGCCCUCUCCACUCUAACCAAUCUGUGAUUGGUGGAGAAUCAGCACGUCCUAGCUCUGCUGGUAGUGAGCCUUCCACUCCGUCCAAGCGCCAAAGUGUACGGCUCGCACAACUCAAAGAUUCAUUAUCGCGAUCUCCGUCCCCUUCGCCAUAUGAAGACAUCCGCCAGGGGAUGUGCGACGUGGUGAACAUUCGUAUUGACAAUCAACGCCCGACAGAAACCCAGUUCAAUGAAGGUGACUUCCUUGAUGAUGAGCUGAGUGGUGAUGAGGACUGGGCUGGCGAUGACUGGGAGCCCCCAGAUCGUCACGCCUGGUGA